ACGGCGGGCGGAGGAGGAGGCGGAGGAGGAGGAGGGCCGGGGCUGCGCUGGGUGACAUCAGUGGGUUUGGCUCCGGGGCUCAAUGGAAACUGGGUGAGCGCCGGGCUGUGCCGAGCACACGCCGGCUGGAGGGGACGGCGAGCGGGCGGGAGGCGGCAGGCAGCGCCGCGCCGCGCCGAGCCGAGCGAAGGAGGGACGCGCCGGGCACGGCCGCCACCAGCCCUCCCCAAUCCUCCGUCAUCCUCCCCGCCGCGGCCGCCUGGCCCCCUGACAGCCGGCGGAGCAGCAUCCCCACACGGCCCCCUUCCCGUCAGGCACGACUGAACCAUGGAGCUUCGAGUAGGGAACAAAUACCGGCUGGGCAGAAAGAUUGGCAGCGGUUCAUUUGGAGACAUUUACCUAGGAGCCAAUAUUGCAACUGGUGAAGAGGUGGCCAUCAAACUGGAAUGUGUCAAAACCAAGCAUCCCCAGCUCCACAUUGAAAGCAAGUUCUACAAGAUGAUGCAGGGAGGAGUGGGUAUCCCCUCCAUUAAGUGGUGUGGAGCAGAGGGGGACUAUAAUGUGAUGGUGAUGGAGCUCUUGGGGCCCAGCCUGGAAGAUCUCUUCAACUUCUGUUCCCGCAAAUUUAGUCUCAAGACAGUUCUGCUCCUGGCAGACCAGAUGAUCAGCCGUAUUGAGUACAUUCAUUCCAAGAACUUCAUCCAUCGGGAUGUAAAGCCAGACAACUUCCUUAUGGGCCUCGGCAAAAAAGGCAACCUAGUAUACAUCAUUGAUUUUGGUUUGGCCAAGAAGUACCGAGACGCCCGGACCCACCAGCACAUCCCUUACCGGGAAAACAAGAAUCUGACUGGCACAGCCCGUUAUGCCUCUAUCAACACCCACUUGGGAAUUGAACAAAGUCGCCGUGAUGACCUGGAGAGCCUGGGUUAUGUGCUCAUGUAUUUCAACCUGGGCUCGCUGCCCUGGCAGGGCCUCAAGGCUGCCACCAAGCGCCAGAAGUAUGAGAGGAUCAGCGAGAAGAAGAUGUCAACACCCAUUGAGGUGCUCUGCAAAGGGUACCCUUCUGAGUUCUCAACAUACCUCAACUUCUGCCGUUCGCUGAGGUUCGAUGAUAAACCUGACUACUCGUACCUGCGGCAACUCUUCCGCAACCUCUUCCACCGCCAAGGCUUCUCCUACGACUACGUCUUUGACUGGAACAUGCUUAAAUUUGGUGCAGCUCGGAACCCUGAGGAUAUGGAUCGGGAGCGGCGAGAGCAUGAACGAGAGGAGAGGAUGGGGCAACUCCGAGGGUCAGCCACGCGAGCACUGCCCCCUGGCCCGCCUGCUGGAGCCACUGCCAACCGUCUUCGCAAUGUCACCGAGCCCAUGGCCUCCACCCCCACCUCCCGAAUCCAGCAGUCCGGCAACACGUCCCCCAGAGCAAUCUCAAGAGUGGACAGGGAGCGUAAGGUCAGCAUGAGGUUACACCGAGGAGCUCCUGCCAACGUCUCCUCAUCUGACCUCACAGGGCGGCAAGAAGUGUCACGGAUUUCAGCAUCACAGACAAGUGUGCCAUUUGAUCACCUUGGGAAGUGAGGAGCAAUUGCCACUGGACCAGUGUUUGCUUAGUGUCUUCACUGUAUUUUUCUUUUAAAAAACAAAAAACCCAAAAAACAAAUAAAAACUAAAAAAAAAAAAAAGAAAAAAAAAAAAGAAAACACCAAACAAAAAAACCCAACAGAAUUUCUUUUUGCCAACGAUGAGGAGUCGAGCUGUGCCCCCGCGCUAGUGUGAGCCGUUUCCGAGAGGGUCACCUGCGUCCCCCAGUGCGACACCUGCGAGGAGCUGACGACGUGGGAGCCAUGUGGGAACACCUCCACUGCCCCCCCCAGCCCUGACCGCUGCCCCCACAGGCUACUCCCAGUUCCCUCUCCUGACUCUCUGCUCCUGGUUUUGAUUUUCUCUCUUUUUUUUUUUUUUUUUUGUUUUGUUUUGUUUUGUUCUUCUUGGAUAUCUUCUCCUGAUUUUUUUUUUUUGUUAAAUAUGAUUUUGAAAUCAUAUGGUUUCUAGCCAUAUAAAUUUUAACUUUGCUCUCCUUUUUAUCUGAGGGCAGGGGAUGGUGAGGGGGUGAGUUUUUCGUUUGUUUUUUUUUCUUUGGUUUUGUUCUUUUCAGGAGCCUUUUGGGCCAGGAGCAAAUCAGAUUCCAGCCACACUUGAUGGUAGAAGUCUGAUUUUUAUUAUUAUAACAGAAUUUAUUUUCUCGAGCAUUAAACGAAUUUUAAGCUGUGA